GUUACGCUACACCGGGGGACAAAUCAACUACGGCGGCCGUGUCACCGAUGACUGGGACCGACGCUGCUUAAUGAACAUGCUAGCCGACUUCUACCACCCUGAUGUGCUGCAUGAGGAUCACUUGUACUCGGCAUCCGGGAUAUACAAGCAAAUCAGCAGCGAAUCCGAUCACGCGGGAUACCUGGCAUACAUUCGUGGAUUGCCUAUCAACGAUCUGCCAGAGGUCUUCGGUCUGCAUGAUAAUGCCAACAUCACGUUUGCGCAGAAUGAGACCUUCGCGCUGUUGGGAGAUCUGCUGAAAUUGCAGCCCAAGACAUCUUCAGCUGCAGCUGGUAGCCUGUCCAGAGAAGAGAUCAUUGAGGGUGUUGCUAAUGACCUUCUCCAGAAGUGUCCUGCACCCUUCAAUAUUCAGGAAGUCUCGAAGCAAUACCCCGUCCUCUACGAGCAGUCCAUGAACACGGUUCUCAUACAGGAAGCCAUACGGUGA